GCAGAAGAAGAAGAGAAACACAUGAUUCGCGCUAACUUGAAGCAAGAUGGCGGUGGUAGUGCGGAGCUUGCAAGACCAGCUCGAAAAAGCCAAGGAAAGCUUGAAAAACGUGGACGAUAAUAUUCGCAAACUAACGGGACGUGAUCCUAAUGAAUCCAGACCGGGUCAGAUCCGUCGGCUCGGCGGCCCCAUGGCAGGCCCCGGUGGAGGUAGAGGCAGAGGAGUCAACCUGCUCAGGCGUAGUCUCUCAGACAUUGGAAGCGGCGGCCCCCCUGCCAAGCAGAGGGACAUCGAAGGAGCUCUGCUGAGGCUGGCGGGGGACCAGAGGGCCAGGAGAGACGCGCGUCACGACAGCGACGCCGAGGAUGAUGACGAUGUCAAAAAGCCGGCGUUGCAGUCGUCUGUAGUAGCUACCUCCAAAGAGAGAACACGCCGAGACCUCAUUCAAGAUCAAACCAUGGAUGAGAGGGGCAAACAGAGGAAUCGGCGUAUGUUCGGCCUGCUGAUGGGGACCCUGCAGAAAUUCAAACAGGAGUCAAACGUCUCUACAGAGAAGCAAAAGCGACGUACAGAGAUCGAGCAGAAGCUCGAGGUUCAGGCUGAGACUGAGAGAAAGAAGGUGGAGAAUGAAAAGAGGGAGCUGUUUGAAGAGAGGAGAGCCAAACAGACUGAGCUGAGACUACUGGAACAGAAAGUGGAAUUAGCUCAGCUGCAAGAGGAGUGGACCAGCCACAAUAAGCGUCUGAUCAAGUACAUUCGUACCAAGACCAAGCCUCACAUCUUCUACCUGCCUGGAAAAAUGUGCUCCGCCACACAGAAACUCCUCGAAGACUCCACCAAGAAACUAAAUGCGGUGUUUGAGGAGAGGUGCGAGGCUUUUGCCGAACACCUCAGCAAGAUGGAGUCCCGCCCCCGGCGACAGCCAAACCGCGACCAGGACGGCAACACGGCAGCAACAGGGACGGACCACUCGGCGGAGGGUAAGCCCGCAGGUCAGGUAGUAAGGGUGACAGGUAACAAGGGGGAUGCAGAGAUGGAGGAAGAGGAGGAGGAAGACGAUGAGGAGGAGGAAGAGAGGGAAAAGGAGGGGGAUAGGAAGGUGGCAGAGAAAGACGAGGGGGAGGAAGGGGAGAAGGAAGUGUUGAAGAAGGUGGUGGAGGAAGAGGAGGAGGCGAUGGAGCUGACUGAGGAGGGCAGUGAGGAAAAGAAGGUAGGAGGGGAGGGGGUUAAAGACAGAGAGGACAGGGCAGAGAUGGGAGAGAAGGAGGCCAGUCCAGAGUCAGAGGAGAUGGAGGCAGAGGGUGGGCCAGAGCAGAAGGACGGGAGUAAGGGAGAGGAGGGAGAAACAGACAGUAAAGAGGGCCCCACAGACCUCCAGAAUGAGAAGACCCCGGACAUCCAGUCUGAACCAGCCGUAACCAGCCAAGAAGCGCCAAAGCCCAGUGAGCCUCAGCUCAGUGUCAGCGCAGGGGAGCCAACAGUUAAGUCCUUUGGGCUUCUGGGGUUGGAGAAGAUCCUUGGGUCUCAAACAGCCCCCACAGAGCCCAGGCAGGAAGUCUCCAUCCCUGGCCUCGAGGUCCAGGACUCAGCAGCCGAGAAUCAGGCUGUGGAAGGGCAACCAGGGGACGAAGCACCCCAAAAACUACCUGAUUCCCAGGAGGCCCCCAGCACCACCCCUGCACCCUCUAAGGAGGAAGAGGACGGCCGGAGAGGGAGGAAGAAGGACAAGGAGCCAAGGAAGGGCCGCAGUCACAGUAACAGCUCCUCCUCUUCCUCCUCCGGCUCCUCCUCCAGCGGAAGCUCCUCCUCUUCCUCCGGGUCCAGCCGCUCCUCUUCGUCAUCGUCGUCCUCUUCCUCGUCCUCGUCCAACAGCAGCAGCCGAAGUCGCAGUCGGGACAGUGGCAAGCGCAAGAGGAGGCCGUCGGACAGGAGCAGGAAGAAGGGGGAGGAGAGAAGCCACCGUAAGAGAGGAGGAAGUAGCGGAGGAGGGAGGGACUCGAAGGGAUCGAAGGAGAGGAGGAAGAGGAGGAGCGAGGAAGGGAGGGGCAGGUCGUCCCGGAGCGAUAGGGAGCAUAAAGAUAGAGACAGGAAGGACAAGAGACGCUAAUCUGGUUCUUAUUCAACACAGGAAAACACUGAGGGGAAAUAAACAAACUAACUUUAUGACAUGAGAUGACACAAGUUUUUAAACGUAGCAUUUUCCCUUACAACGCCACAAAGGCCUGUUGAAGUUUUAACAGUGUAGGGAUUUAUAAGUCAAUGUCAAAACUGUAAUGAAGCAGUGGAUGACUUUUUCCUCAGUUUUCUCUUUAGUUGGGGAAAAAGAAAUGUAAACUGGAGUUGAGUUGUGCCUCUGGCAGGGCAACUCCCUUAAACUGUCUCUAAUUGGACCCCUUACUAAAAGAUUUGAGACAUGUCAUUUUAAAUCCAACAGAUUUCUCUCCGCCCGUCAUUGGAGUUUUAAAACGAGUCUGUGUGGCACUAUGAAACGCUGGUGUUGAAUGUUUCUUUACACGUUUUCAUCCCAAUCAUAAUGCCAUAGGCUGGGGUAUCGAUGGUUAUGGUAGCAGUAACCAUUUAACGUACAGUAGUUGUGUUUUCAAGUUGAUGUGACAACACUGUUGAUCCUUUUAUUUCCAAUAUAUGAUCAAUGUCGAGGCCCUUGUAUCUUCAUCUCGUGGGUACAUGUGUGAUUUGCUGAAAUUCUGGUUUUUGAAACUGUUUUUCCAUUUUUUUUGUACCAACUGAUAAACUGCUUCAAAUUAAAGGUGAGGUAUUAGUGGAAA